GAUGCAUAAUAACGAAGAUAAAAGGCAGCAUUAUCAUUUAAAAUUGACAAAUGUAUGUAGAUCUAAUUCGGAGAGACUACAAAAAACUAUGCGAGGAAUUGAAGAGACCAAAGAGAUUGUAGAAACGGAUGGUUUGGACAACGUUGAUUUUGGUCUGAUUUUCAAACCAAUUAAACAAAAAGUUAGAAAACGAUCUUCGAAUUUUGACCAAUUAAAGGAGAGCUUUGUGAUAAGAAUUGAUUUUCAAGAAAAAUCCUACGACUUUACAAUAGAGAUCAAACCUAAAAAAACACUACGAGACGCCCUCUUUGCAAUAUCAAAAAAGUCUGGAAUUAGUACACUCGAUUCUUCAAAAGUAGAAGUAAGAAUUGAAAACUCACGCAGCCCGUUAAGUUUAGAUAGCCCUGUCUGUCAUUUAGCAAAUUUAACUGUCAUAGCAACAGAAGAAAAGAAAGAAUUUAAAUUAAUAUCCUCCUUUUCUCUUUUAUUCUUUGUAUGUGUUUUUUGUUUCUUUUUUUUUACUUUUCAAGGAUUUCGUAAGGCUUUUAAAACUACUAAAAUCAAUGAAGAGGACUUUGUUAACAUUCAAGACAUUCUGGAGCAAUUUAGACAUCAUCUACCAGCUUUACCUUCCCAUUUGUACGUUAGCGCCACAGAAUGCGAUUCGGCCAGUAUGAUCUUACCCGAUUCUUGGACAGUUUACAUAGACUAUAAGAAGAUGGACGAAGCGGAGAGGAAAAGGCAUAAUAUCAUUUGGGAAACUCUACAAUUUGAAUCAUCCUAUCUAAAGAAAUUAAAAACAUUGGUUGACGUCUACGUUUCACCUUAUUAUAAUCUACUGCAAAGAGGCUUUUUUACGGAUUUGGAUAUGAAAUUAGUUGUAUCGAACCUUAAGGAAAUGUACUUUCAAUGUUGCAGUAGAUGGAAUAAUGUUAUAUUACCUUUUAUUAAUAGUAUUAAAAAAGGUAAUUUAAUGGAAAUUGAAGAUUUUAAAAAUCUAUAUAACAUUAGAAAAAUGAGCACUUUAGGCGAUGACGAUAUUAGCGAUCUAUUCCAAGAAGAGCAUAUUUAUCACAUGACUGUUGACAAGUUAAAGGAAUAUAUUAAGAACGUGAAAAUGAAUAAUCAAGACUUUAAUAAAUUCUAUUCGUGGGUCAAUAUCAUGCUAUGGGGUUUAGAUAAACACGAAUUAAACUCUUAUCUUACUGCUCCCAUGCAUCAUCUUACUAGGCAUACUCUCUUCCUUGAACGCCUCAUCAAGUCCACUAAUGAAAAGGAAACUCUUGAGAAAUGCUCUCAUAGGAUUAAAAAUUUCCUAAAAGGUGUCGAAGCUGAAAUAUGCAUGAGAGAGAGAUUAGAGGUUCUUACCGAAUUUCAAACUAGAAUCGAAAGCUACGAUUUUAUCGAUCCUGUACAGAAUUUAAGCGAAACUUUAAAGAAAAGUCUUCGAAUUUGUUUAACCUCCUCAAUGGCUGGAUGUCCUGAAGAUUGGCUUAGAAGAUUGAUAAGGGAAGGUGUUGUUAGAAUGAAAGAAUCACAUCGUCACCACGACGUUAUUUUAUGCCUAUUCACCGAUUUUAUUAUGAUUUGUCGUAAAGGGAGAAAAGUUGACGAUAGGGUCCAUUUGAAAAUUUAUAAGCCACCAAUGAGAUUAGACGUUAUAAGCGUCUAUCAAAAUGAUUCUCACGAAUUUUCUUUAGUCUAUAAAAAUGAAAUGAACUUUAUAACGUCUAUAUUCGUCUUUCAAAGUGCAGAUCCUUGGUUUAAUGAUAUUCAAAGGGCCAAAUGUACAUAUAGAGAAAUGUGGGAUGGUAAAAAGGACGAAAAUGACGAAUUAACCUAUUCGACAAGAGACUAUUCUAGCAACGAUCUCUUUCCUACUAUUGAUUACAGACACAAAGGCGAAUUUAUUCAUCAAACACCUUUAGAUAAAAGUCAAUCUAUUGGAAAUGUUAAUACCAACAUAAAAAAAAGACCACCAAUUUUAAAGAAGAGUCAUACGUGGGGUGGAAAAGAUGAACACAAGCCUCAAUUAAAAGUUCCCGAUUGGAAUCGAGUACAGAAAUUAGUUCUAGACGGUCAACUAGAAGUUUCAGACGCCUAGAAAGGAAAGGAAACGCAUUGAAGAAAAUCGGAUAAUUUUAAAAUAUGAUUCACCUUUCUACUACUUUCCCAAAUUCUUUCUAGUUUUCUCUGUUCAUUUUAUAUAAAUACAGACGUCUAUUUUUAAAAUACAAUUGUUCAGUAGAAACUUGCAGCUAUGCCAGCGUCUAUUGGGAUAAUUUACAGGUUUAGCAACGUAUCAAGUAAGCAUUGCUGCUUUUAUGUAAAUUAGUCUAUAUUUCAGUUCAGG